UGGUUUUCUCACUGAGCAGAGCCAGUGAGACUUGCGGUGAUGGCCAACCCCUUCGAGGGAGCGGCAGAUCCACCCAACCCCUUCGCGGCGGAGGAUGAGGAGGCUGCCGAGAAUCCCUUCUCAGCCGAAGUGCAGGCCGGCAAUCCUUUCGGCGAGGAGGCAACGCGCGAGGUGUCGGAGGCCAUGACGGCGGUGACAGAGGAUGGCAUCGCCAAGACUGUGAGCGCCCACUCGCUGGACUCCCAGGGUGUGAAGUUCCAGAACGCGGAGACCUGCGCGCUCUGCAGCCUCGCGCUGGGCAAGCGCUAUAUGCGGCCCAGGCAUCACUGCCGCCUGUGUCACCUCAGCGUCUGCGCCGCCUGCUCGCCGAGCACCAUACAGAUGAAAGGUGACAGCAGCCUUCAACGUGCCUGCAAUUCUUGCAUGCAGCAGAUGCUUGAGAUGAAUGAGCUGCAGGACCGCAUGCUGCAGGUGGCAGGAGACCUUGGCAGCCUGGCACGCACCAGCAGCAGUCCAGCGGCCUCCGUGGCUGAGGCGGUUGCAGCAUGCGAGGCGGCGGCGGCCGGGCUGCAGGAUCUCCGCGCCAGCCAUGAUGCCGCCACCACGCAGGUGUCCGUCUUGAAGCAGCAGCAGCAAGAGACCGAGGCGGCGCAGCUGAAGGCGGCACAGGCGGCUCUGAAGGCGCAGGCAGAGCUCCGGGACUGCGAGGCGCAAAGAGUUGAGGCCACCGCGAGGCUACAGCAGGAGCAGCUCCAGCGGAGUCGCGCGGAGGCCAAAGCGCAGUCCUUUGCCGCAGAUGCGGCCAAAGCCAGGGACCUGGAGGAGCGGGUGGCCCAGUUGCAGCACGCCCUCGAGAGUCGAAAGAGCUCGCUGGAGAUGCGGGAUGCUCUGCCCCGGCACCUGGGCGGGGCGUCGACGCCAUCUUCGCACUCGGUUGCGGACAGCUUUGCCCCAAGACCACAGGCAGAGCAAAACUGCUCAGAGAACUGCAAGAACCACUGUGUCAUUGCCUGAGCUCGGCUUUUUCAAGGGCCUGAAAGAGGGCAACACAUCAGGCUGAAGGCAAAUCCAAGCCGACAUUGUUGCCACGGCGAAGUGGGCACAGCUGUAUAGGAGUGGAUCAAUUGAACGAUUGCUUCAAUGGAGAGGCGAGCCGCCCGUCAUUGUUUUGCUUUUUUGCUCGAAGAACCGAAAGCCACUGAGCAGAUCAGUUGGCUAAGCAUCCUUUGCUCAAGGCAAAGGGGAGCGUCCAAGAUGGUCCCCAUUUUGCAUGGCCACAGUGAAGGUAUGCCGCGAGUGUGUGAAGGCGGUUUUCAAUUGCCCUGGUGUGAUUGCUUUGCUCUUGGCUGGAUCACUUGCGUUCUUUUUGCUUGC